AAAAAAAAAAAAACAUACAACAGCCGGGAUUCGCUGGUGGUCACCCACCCAACUACUAACCGGCCGGCGUGUGGCUUAAGUACGGCUGAGCGGACGGGAAGCCCUGUUCUCCACACCCUAUGGUCGUAUGUACCGGUCUUACUCUUAGAGAAGACUAUAUAG